UAGUUCAGUCUGCUCGCUGAUUUCGUUGCGUUACGUUUACGCUUGCGCUUACGUUGCCGUUCCGUUCUGUUGUGUUCCGUGUCCGUUUUUUUGCCAAUCUUUUGCGACAAGAAAUAAGAACAAAAGCUGGAGCUGGUUAAAUAAAGAGAAAGAUAAGAAUCGUUAGAACAAAACACAAAAAAAAAUAAAAUAAAAUAAAAUAAAUAAUAAAUAACCAACCAAACAACCAACAACAACAACAACAACAUCAACUAAUAUCAAAUUAAUGUUAAGCAUAAUUAAUGAAAACAAAUUCAAAUCGUAUAGAUAAAGCUACACAUAAAUUAAUCUUAAUAAUGAUCUAGUAAGUUAAGCAUAAAGUACAAAACAAAAAUAAAAAUAAAACAAAUAAAGUAAAAUUAAUAAAAAUACAAAUAAAAAAUAAUAAAAAAAAAAACAAGCAACCGAAAAGAAAUAAUUAAUCAAUCAGCAAAUAGUUAAUGCAAAUCUAAUAUGCAAGCAAUUUGAAACGACAACCGCUACAACAACAACAACAACCACAACAACCACAACAACAACAACAACAACAACAACAACUACAACAACAGCAGCAGCAACAACAACAACAACAACACGGAUCAAUACCAAAGAUGGAGGCAAAAUUCUUGGCUAGCGCUCUUUCAUUCCUCUCGAUAUUUUUAGCGGUUCAUGCUCAAUCAUUUGCGAGUGUCAUUGCGAAUGACAGCGACGAGUCGGCAGAGUUUGCACUCGCCACAACGCCGAUUGUUUACUAUGGCGAUGCGAACGUGAAUAUCGGCGAGCCAUUUUCGAUAACCUGUGUCAUACCGAUAACCGAGAAGAUACACUGGCUGAAGAACGGCGAGUCGAUAACACGGCACAAUUUGCGGCACGGCCAUGACGAGCACUCGUACACGCUCUCGGAGAGCGCCAUUGAGGGCGAGAAGCACAAAAUCGAGGCACAUCUAAAGGUGCGGCACGCCCUCAAGGUGCACGAGGGCCGUUAUCAGUGCAACAACAACAACAACAACAACUAUCGCCACAACAGCGGCUAUCAUAUGCUGCACGUGCGCAGCAAGCAGCAGCAGCAGGAGUCGCCCACGGAGAGCGGCUAUCGGACCAUAGACGAGCUGACGCCCAGCUCGCCGGACGAGAUCUUUACGCGCACGUGGCAGGAACAGCAGCAGAUGCCGCAGCUGCCAUCGGCAGCGCUGCCCACGCAUAAGCAGCACAACAAUCAGCAGCAGCAGCAGCAGCAGCAGCUGGGCAAUGCCAGUCUCGGCUAUGGCAGCCAUUUUGGCUUUGGCUAUGAGCCGCCGUUGCCGACGCGUAAAUACAACGAUCUGACCACGCUGCCGUGGCAUGCAACGAGCACGGGCCAGGGCAUCGGCAUGGGCUCCAUUCAUCGCAUUUAUUCGGCCACGCCGCCUGAUUUUCCGCCGCCUCGUCUCACCCUGCUGGAGCAUACGGUGGCGCCACCCGAGCCGCCCACCAUACAGCUAUACAAUCAGACGCUGCCGCAUUAUCGCCAUCCGUCAAUGGACACUGCCACAGCCAACGCCAACGCCGCCGGCGCUGCCUCUGCCACAGUCAGCAGCAGCAGCAGCGGCAGCAGCACAGCGCAUCAUCAUGCGCAUCAGCAUGCACUUAACGCUUAUCAACUGCCGCUGCCACCGCAGCCACAUCAGCCGACUGCGCAGCAGCAGCAUCAUCAAAAUGAAAAAUAUCAGACGUAUGCACCGCAAUUUAUACCGCCAGCGUUGGGUGGUGCCGGUACCGUUACAGCAGCGCCCACCGCGCUGACCACCAGCUACAACAACAACAACAACUUCGGGUUAAUGCAGCAGCAGCCCAAGACGUUCAUGCCUAUUAAAAAGGGGCCAGAUUCCUUGGUGCCAAAUUAUGACCAUGUGGAGCGUCAAAUGAGAUUUUACGAUAUCCGAACGCCGCUUGUGCUCAGCUGCAAUGUGAAAAAUGUGGAGUCCGAUGAUCCACUCAUAUGGAAAAAGGAUGGCGUCAACGUGACGGACGUGCUAAGUCUGAGAGGUCGCUUCAAACUGAUCCAUCCCGAAAGAAAGUUCAUAAUUGACAGAGCGGAACCUCACGACGACGGCCUCUAUACUUGUGAGUUCAAGGGCGUGUCCAGAGAUAUUCACGUGAUCGCUCGCGUGGUCGUACGAGUGCCUUCAAAUACUGGUGUUGUCGAGGGUGAGAAAAUGAUGAUCCCCUGCACAGUUGUCGGUAGCAAUCCCCGAUUGUCAUGGAGCUUUGGCAAUUACACAAAUAUAACAAACAGCACAGAUCGUUAUAUACUAAAAUCGGAUGAUAAUAAAAUUGAGAACGCAAUUUUAAUGAUCGAGAACGUGACCCUGGACGACAGAGGCGAGUUCAAGUGCCACGGACGCAACGAGGCCAAUGAUUAUGGUAAUAGCACCGUUGCCACCGAUUUUACGACCGUUCGUGUUAAGGGCAAAUUCGCCGCCUUGUGGCCUUUCCUGGGCAUUUGCGCCGAGGUCCUGAUUCUCUGCCUGAUCAUUCUCAUCUACGAGAAGCGACGCAACAAGAGCGAGCUGGAGGAGAGUGAUACUGAUCCCCAAGAACAGUAAGUUGCCAACAACAACGACAACGACAACAACAACAACAACAACAACAACAAUACAAGAAAUCAACAACAACAACAACAACAAGCAGUCCACAACAACAAAAACAACAACACCAAAUAAUUGUAACAACAUUUUGAAAUGCAGCUUAAAAUUUACAUUUUAGUUAAUAAAACUGCAAAUUAAAGACGUUUGAAGCUGCAUUCGCAAAUGCGCAACAAACAAACACACACACAACAACACACACACAACACACACACACAAGCGACGUACUUACACACAGACACAGCAGCAGCAGCCACAACAACAAAUUUAGCAAAAUUUUCUUCUUAGUUAACAAUUAAUAUUAUAAAAACAACAACAAAAUAUCAAUGCACAAAUCAUUUGUUGUGUGUGGCGCGCACAACAAAAAGUCCAGCUAAAAAAAAAUAAUCAUUUUUUAUAUAACUUUUCUAUUUUGUCCAUUUUUUUAUUUGUAUUAUAAAUGAAUACAUAUUAAAUAUGAUUUAGUGCACAAUUUAUUUAGACGCUGGCUCAGGUUUUGCGUGCCACAAAAAAAAAAAAAA